AUGUAUUUAAUAUGAUGUAUGGGGAAUUUAGAAUGCAAAGAAGCAAAAUAAGCACUUUAAGCAGAAAAUGCGAAGCGGUGGGGGAAAAUGUUGAGCUAAAAGCAUUUUCUCAAUCACAUGAUAUUUAACGUUCAAGAUGUCGUCGGACCUGUCGUGUGCAGGUUCUGUUCCCCCUUUGUAUAGAGAAAUUUACGAUAUCAUAGCUCCAAGUCAAGAGCGGGUCGACAGAGAGCUUUUCCUCAGUAUUUUCGCGAAAUCCAAUCUUCCAAACGAAACAAUCACACAGAUUUGGGAUGCUGUUGAUAUAAAAACAGGAUUUUUAUCUCGAAGUGGGAUUUAUAAAGCUCUAGCACUGACUGCUUUUGCUCAGCAUGGUAAACCAGUUAGUGAUAAAUUAUUGGAAACUUUCUCUGGACAGGAACUACCUAAACCUACACUCGGUGAUUUAAGUGAUUUGAAAGCUUUCUGCAUUCAUUUAAGACGAGACAUGUCUCCCACAAUUCUUAAUUAUACGUACUCUGAGUUGUACGACCUCGAAAACAUUAAAGUGGAACUGGUGCCUGAAAAGAAAGGUUUAAUAUUAAAACAUGUUGAAUAUGAAAUCACAAGCCAGAAAUUUCACAGUACAGUUCUACGUCGAUACAAUGAUUUCUUAGUAAUCAACGAAAUGUUAAUGAUGCGGUUUCCUUACCGAAUGAUCCCCAGGUUACCUCCAAAGAAAAUGAUGGGCGCCAAUCGUGAAUUCAUUGAGCAUCGCAGGAAGUCAUUACGUCGCUACCUUAACAUUAUUGGCCGACAUCCUCGUAUGCAUAAUGAUAAGUUAUUUGAAUGUUUUCUUACAUUUGUUGGUUCGGAUGUUCAGACAAAACUCCGGGAACAGUUUCGUGGAAUUCCUGAUGAAUUCAUGACCAGUAAUUUGGCUGACAAAGCCAAGGAUCUGGUUCCCAGGGACACCCAAAGUCAGUUAGCAAACAGUAAAGAACACAUAAAAGCUUUAUAUAACAGUGUAACGAAAUUAAAAGAUAUUUCUGAACGACUUGUCAGCCAGUCUACAGCUUACGCUAGUGAUAUGCUCCAGUUUGGGAAAGAAUUAAGGACAAUUGGUACGGACACAACCUGUCUAACAACAUGGACCACAGGUACAAGUUCAUCGUGGCCAAAGCUGAAAUGUGUCUUUAAGAAUCUUUCCCUUGAAUUUGCUGCUGUUGCUGACAAAAGUACUCAAGAGGCUGCUGAUGAGGAGGAAAUGGUUGUGGAACAUCUGGCAAUAUUUCUGGAUAUUUUAACAGCAUACAGAGACUUGUGUGACCGUCAUGAGAAAGGUGUACUGCAUGACCACCAGAGAGCACUUCAAAAGAUGGGACAAUAUAAAAAGAGAAUGAUGUCUGCAACUGUAGGCACGACUGAGAGUGGUCCUGUCGAACAGUUAGAACAAAAGAUAUUACAACAAGAAAGUCAGAUAGCCAACAUGGAAAACCGUAAUUACUAUUCCCUCCAUUGUCUCCAAAUGGAGACCCAGCUGGUCCAUGCCUACCUUGACAUACUAAUUGAGAUUGUCACCUCUUUAGUUGAUGUCCAGAGUGAAGCUCACACUGAGCUAUCCAAAGUAUGGUGUGGACUUCGCCCACUUCUAGAAAGUUCAUUCAAGGACUUCUCCUUACCAAACUCUCCUCGAAGUACUUCUCCUAUUGGCUCACCCAUCAUUAAUCACACCAGUGGGUGAAAGACAGAAUUUCUUCUGGUACCUUCCUUCCACCCCUGUCUACCCCUCCCUAUGCACAGUUGCAGACAUAUCCAAGCAUUCUACUGGAGGAAUAUUUUUUGAAGAUGGCAAUUAUCAGGCAGUGUUAGCAAUUCUCCAGUUCUGUACAAAGAGUUCGACUGGAAUGUCGAGCAAUCAGGUGUGAAAAUUCUCCCCCCUCCAACCUGUCAUCAUGAGUUUUAAAACUAUUUAAGUCAGACGAGGCAUACAAUAAUAAUAGUUUACACCAGAGAAAAGGCUAGUUUGUUUGUUUUAUUUGCCCCCACCCUUGUGAUGCGAACAAUUUUUCCAAAUAUGAAACAUAAAAUUUCAUGAUUCUUUAUACUUUUGCAGAGUUUAUUAUUCUAGGGUUUUGAAAUGGAUGAGAGA